CCUAUGCAUUUUCAGAAGAAGGAAUAUUUUCCCGCCGUCUCUGAUGCGACUAGAAUAGCCACUGCCCAGGAGUAUUUUGAAAAGCACCUAGAUCCAGUCGGCCAAGGCGACACGAUUAUUAUCGCUAUCUGCAUCGUCAUGUUUGUCAUCACCGGAAUCCUCAUGGCAUACUGCUGGCUGCACGCACACUACCGGCCUAUUCGCGCGAAGAACCUGCCUCUGAACACAAUCAUGCUCUUUGUUGCUCAGGUGACCUCAUUGUGGAGGGUGAGACGGAUUCCGUCGGGCUUCAGCGAAAUCCGCGAGUUUUACGUUAUCUUCAGCUGUGGGUUCUGCUACGUGAUGCAGUCAAUUGUCCUCGGAGGUAUCAUUCGCACAUACAACCUCGGGUUCAGUACGCGUACGGUGGUGACUCUAUUCAAUGCAUACAUGUCGAUGGGCGUCAUCUGGAUUAGUCUCUAUCAGCCUGUCUUUAACCACAUAUUCCAUCGUGAGGAGUAUCUGCGAAAGUGGACGAGAAACCUUGCCAACAACGAUUUGUUCCUCUUCUACGGUAUUAGCGACGCUUCGGAAGACUCCUACCAUGAGCCAAAUGACUUCCAGCAGGCAAUUGAAAACCUGCGUGUCCAGAACCGGACAAUGGUGGCAUUUACAGAUGACCUGUGGUCGCACCCGGCAGUCCUACUGGAUGACUUGGAGCAAGAGUCCAUGCGCCGGAUUCUCUGAGACAAUAUUUAUUAUU